UAGUUUUACUUUCAGCUGAGUUACAAUAUGGCAGCUGCCAUCGCAUAAAAUUAUUUAAUGAAAUUUUAAACCUUUUGCUACACUUACGAUAAAUAAGCACCAUGCCACAGAAAUGUGUAAUAUGUGAUAAAAAAGCUAUUUUGAAACGACCUAAAACAGAAGAUGCCAUGUGCAAAGAUUGUUUUUUCUGGGCCUUUGAAGAAGAGAUUCACUACACAAUCACCUCGGCCAACUUGUUCACACCUGGAGAAACUGUAGCCAUAGGCGCAUCUGGAGGAAAAGACUCCACUGUCCUGGCUCACACGAUGAAGAUAUUAAAUGAAAGGUACAACUAUGGCCUGAACUUGAUUCUCCUGUCAGUGGAUGAAGGCAUCACAGGCUACCGAGAUGAUUCAUUAGAGACUGUCAAGAGAAACCAACAACAAUAUGAGCUCCCUUUAACAAUUGUUUCUUAUGAGGAACUGUAUGGCUGGACGAUGGACGCCAUCGUGAAACAGAUUGGACUGAAGAAUAAUUGUACAUUUUGUGGUGUCUUUAGGCGACAAGCUUUGGACAGAGGAGCCAUGAAAGUUGGAGCCAAUAAGAUUGUUACAGGUCAUAAUGCUGACGACAUUGCCGAGACGGUCAUCAUGAAUGUGUUGCGUGGAGACAUAGCCAGAUUAAAACGUUGUACUGCUAUUAUGACAGGUGCUGAAGGUUGUCUCCCUCGAUGUAAGCCUUUCAAAUACACCUAUGAGAAAGAAAUAGUCAUGUAUGCUUACUUUAAAAAGUUGGAUUACUUCUCCACUGAGUGUAUUUACUCUCCCAAUGCGUACAGAGGCUUUGCCAGAACUUACAUAAAAGAUUUAGAAAAAAUUCGACCCAGUUCUAUCAUUGAUAUUAUUCACAGCGGGGAAUGUAUGAGCGUAAAGACGGAAGUGAAGAUGCCAACUCAAACGGUGUGUCAGAGAUGUAACUUUGUCUCCAGCAAUGACAUCUGCAAGGCCUGCGUCAUGUUGGAAGGUUUAAACAAGGGCAGACCUAGACUUGGCAUUGGAAAAAUCAACAAAGAAAGAAGAAAAUGGGAAGAGGAGCUGAAAUCAAAGGAAAGAAGCUCACCAGAGGAGACUGACAAGUCCACUGACUUGAGAACCUCCAAUGGCUGCACCCAGAGAGGCUGUGGGACAGGUUGCUCCGAUAAAUCCACCAAAGGGAAAAACUGCGCUGAAAAUGAUGAGCCGGACUUUGACUCUCCGUGUGGAGCUGCCGCAUGGAGAGUCGAGAAAUCUGACGACGAAGAGGAGUCGGACUAUGAGUCGGAGGAGGAGUCGGAGUUUGGGGAAAAUGCUCUUCGUGAGCAUUUGUCUGCAUUUUUUGACGAUUCUCUUUUCUCCGGACAAUCUUCCUGUCCUGUGGCUGCGGUCUCCUGCAGUGACACGUCUGACAGCAAUAACCAGUCGUCCGGAAGUGAUAAACAAGGAAGCUCUGACCAGUCUACGAACACUGAAAAACCAGAGAGCUCGAAUCAGACAACAAACACCGACAGCCCUGCCAGCUCAAAUCAGACGACAAACACAGAUAAACCGGACAGCUUGAACCGUUCAACAAACACUGAAAAACCAGUUGGUGUUGAUAGCAUUACCCAAUCAACUAGCAGUGAUAGCUCUGAGUGCAUUUUCCAGAGUACUGAAUGCUGUAACGUCCUACCCCAGAGUGACAGUAAGUCAUCCAGCACGUCUAGCACUGACAAAUCCACGAAUACUUCAAGCGGUAGUAGAGAUUCUGAUAGUACUCUUGGAUUUACCAUCUCAGACUUACUGAUGAGCUCAACACAGUCCUCUAGCUCUUCAGUCUCUGAGACUGACAAGAACAAAGCUGCUCAUUCUAACAGGUCUGACGCUUGGGAAUACUUCACAGCACGGGACUCUUCAGAGACUCUGACAUCCAGCACUGACGAUACAGCCAUUGACAAUCACCAAUCAGCUAGCAGUCACACUACUAUUGAGACGGGUCACUUGGAGAGAAGCAAUAGAUCUGCGUGCACAGAUGAAAUAGCCCCAUAUCAGCGGGAUGACAAUAGUGUAACCACCAACCAGGCAACAAAUACUCUAAGCACUAAUCAAGCUACAAACACUGUUAGCACUAAUCAAGCUACAAACACUGAUAGCUCUAAUCAAGGUACAAAUACUGUUAGCACUAAUCAAGCUACAAACACAGAUAGCAGUAAUCAAGCUACAAAUACUCUUAGCACUAAUCAAGCUACAAACACUGAUAGUACUAAUCAAGCUACAAACACGGUUAGCAGUAAUCAGGCUACAAACACUGAUAGAAUUAAUUGGACAACAAACAUUGAUGGUACCAACCAGUCAACAAGUACUGACAAAAUUGAUGGUACCAACCAGUCAACAAAUACUGACAAAAUCGAUGGUACCAACCAGUCAACAAAUACUGACAAAAUUGAUGGUACUAACCAGUCAACAAAUACUGACAAAAUUGAUGGUACCAACCAGUCAACAAAUACUGACAAAAUUGAUGGUACCAACCAGUCAACAAAUACUGACAAAAUUGAUGGUACAAACCAGUCAACAAAUACUGAUGAAUUAGGUCACAUUCAUCCACUUGUAAACACAGGAAAAAACAAAACAAACAAUGUGGAUUUGAAACAGCAAACAACUGCUGACAACACUAUUCUAUCAACUAUAAUUGACAAAUCUGACAGCACUAACCAAUCUACAAUUACUGACAAAGUUGACAUCACUAAUCAAUCUACAAUUACUGACAAAGCUGAGAUCACUAAUCAAUCUACAAUUACUGACAAACCUAACAGCACUAAUCAAUCUACAGUCACUGACAAACCUGAUAACACUAAUCAAUCUACAAUAACUGACAAACCUGACAGCACUAAUCAAUCUACCAUCACUGACAAACCUGACAGCACUAAUCAGUCUACAAUCACUGACAAACCUGACAGCACUAAUCAGUCUACAAUUACUGACAAACCUGACAGCACUAACCAAUAUACAAUUACUGACAAACCUGAUAGCACUAAUCAAUCUACAAUUACUGACAAACCUGAUAGCACUAAUCAAUCCACAAUCACUGACAUACAAAAAAUGAUGAAUGAAUCAAUUUCUGGGACACAAAAUAUAAGCCAGGAAAGAUCUACAUCUGCCAAUGUAUCUGACCGUGUGGCUGAUUCUCCAUGCCAGUACAAUUCUUCUGACAUUGACAAUCUUAUUUGUGUUGACAUUUCUGAUGACAUAUCCAUUUGUACUGACCAGACUGACUGUACUGAAACUUUUUGUGCUGACAUUUAAGAUAAUUAGAACUGACAUAGUGACAAAAAAGGAAAAAUAAAAUCAUACGGACAUUGUCCUAAGGAUACUGUCAGGGUGACAAGGACAGACAUAAGUGAGUGUAGUAUUGAAAUCAUCACAUUGGCACAUUGACAAUGGCGACAAGAACUUAGAUGUGAUAUUAACUUAUUGUCGCUGUUAUGACAUCAAUAUAAUGACAUGACUAUAACUGCUACAUAACUCUUUCCAAUACUGCUGCAGAAACAAAGACCCAAAAAUUUGCUGCUAAAACUUCACAGGACAACAAGAAAAAUUAAAUUCCCCCCCCCCCUCCCCUUGUUAAGCUUUGAUCUACAUCAGGUGUGGCCAAAUAUGUAGAACACAGCUGGGUCUUUCUAAACAUGAAAACUUUGCCUUGAUCUUUGGACUUGAUCACAACUUUAUAUUAUGACUACAUUGAUGGUUGGUUGUUUUAUCAUUAUGUCAAUGACAUAGAAGCUUGAGCUCCGUAACAUUAGUUUGUUAUGACAUUUAUAUGUUGAAUAGACGCAGUGGCAUAAAUCAGUAGACUUUGUAACACUGACCCAGUGACACUGACCUAGUUUCUUUGUUUGGGAAGUGUAUUUGUGUUGGUUAGAAUUGACAACAAAGACUUGAUAACAAAACAACUCGAGAAACAAACCAAAAAAUUGUCCCCAGUCAAAUUAUGCAAAUUCAAGAGACUAAACCAAGAACAACAAAUAGAUUCUAGACUUGGAUCCAACUGAAAGUCACAUCAUAUUAUACACACUUAUAAUAUAGGAAAUUGACCUGACAUAUUCUAUUGAUGAAGUUGGAAGACCAAAAGGGGGAUGGCUGACAUGGUUUGUCAGUGGACAGAAUGUUUCAUCCUAGAACCCAUUGUAAGAUGUCUGCUUAAGUCUUAAAGUUAUUAUUUCUUUCAUUCUUAUUCUUAGUAUUCAUUAUUUGUAUCUAUAAGUAUUAAAAUGGCAUAGUUUUAGAUAACUGUCUCAAAGCUCAGUAGUGGCUACAGAAAAAAAUAUGAAUUUUUAAAGAUAUAGAUGUAUUGUAUUCAUAUCUGGAAUCUAAAUUUUAAUUAACUAUUGUAUUUGUGUUUUUUUUUUGGUCUGCCAGAUAAAGAAUGUUCUUGAAUUUUUAUUAUGAAUUAAUUGGCAUUUUAAAAAAUUUAGUUUCAGGAAUAAAUAUGAAGUGAG